AUGCAGUUCGCGGAUGUUGAGUACAAGGUGAAGAUUAGCCAAGCUUCCUCCAACAAUCCUGUCAAGGCAGUUGUAUCAAAGGUAGCUUCCCAGUUUGAGCAUGACAAUUACAAGCAGAUACUCAAGGUUCGAAGAAGGAAGGGUGAAAUUCUUGCCUUAAUGGGGCCUUCUGGCAGUGGGAAAACAACCCUGUUAAAGAUAUUGGGAGGAAGAUUGCAAGAAAAUGUCAGAGGAACUGUCACAUACAAUGACAUCCCAUAUAAUACAGCUAUCAAUAGGAGGUAUAUUACCUAUCCAUCAAUAAUUCUUUUUCCUUCUCUCUUUCUAUUGCGAAUCUAA